AUGGUUUUAACAAAAAUAUUAAUUAAUAAAAUAAAAAAUAUAACAAUAAAUUUUGGCCCACAACACCCAGCAGCACAUGGAGUUUUGCGUUUGGUUAUAGAGUUAAAGGGUGAAACUAUAGUUAAAGUUGAUCCCCAUAUAGGUUUAUUACAUAGAGGUACUGAAAAACUAAUAGAAACAAAAAUUUAUAAUCAAGGUUUGCCUUAUAUGGACAGAUUGGAUUAUGUUUCUACAAUGGCACAAGAGCAUUGUUAUUGUUUAGCUAUUGAGUCUUUAUUAGAUAUAAAAGUUACUUAUAAAGCAAGUUUAAUUAGGAUGUUAUUUUUAGAAAUAACAAGAAUAUUAAACCAUUUAUUAGCGUUAACAACGCACGCUUUAGAUGUAGGUGCAUUAACCCCUUUUUUAUGGGGUUUCGAUUUAAGAGAGCAGUUAAUGGAAUUUUAUGAGCGUGUUUGUGGUGCUAGAUUACAUGCAGCUUAUAUGCGUCCGGGGGGUGUUAAUAGUGAUAUUAGCUUAAAUUUAUUAGUUGAUAUCUUUAAUUUUUCUGAAAAUUUUGAUAAACGUUUAGACGAGUUUAUGGAAUUAUUACAAACUAAUAGGAUUUGGUUAAAUAGAUUAAUUUCUAUUGGUUAUGUUAACUAUUUGGAUGCAAAAGAUUGAGCUUUUUCAGGUGUUAUGUUAAGAGGUUCUGGUUAUUUUUGGGAUUUGCGUGUUUUUGAUCAUUAUGAAAAUUAUAGAAAUUUUGAUGAUUUUAAAAUAAUCCGUGGUAUAAAUGGUGAUUCUUUUGAUCGUUUUAGUAUUAGGAUGUUUGAAAUGCUUCAAUCAAAUUAUAUAAUGCGUACUUGCUUAAAAGGUUUAGAUUUUUUUGAAAAAAAGAAUAAAUUAAAGGAUAGUAAGUUCAUAAGUAAUAAUUAUAAAGUUGUAAAACCAAAAAGGGCUUUUUUAAAGCAAGAUAUGGAAUCAUUAAUACAGCAUUUUAAAUUAAAUACAGAAGGUUAUUUUGUACCAUUAAAUGAAAGUUAUCGUGUUGUUGAGGCGCCUAAAGGUGAAUUUGCUAUAGGUUUAAGUGGUAAUAAAACAACUAAACCAUCACGUUGUCGUAUUAAAGCACCAGGUCUUUUACAUUUGCAAGGUUUAGAUUAUUUAUCAAAAGGCUUGCUUUUAUCAGAUUUGGUUACUAUAAUAGGGACGAUGGAUUUAGUUUUUGGAGAAAUUGAUAAAUAA